AUGUCUACCUUUCCCACCCGUCGUCUCGGCAAGAAUGGCCCUCUAGUCAGCGCCAUUGGCCUUGGUGCAAUGGGAAUCGGUGCAUACUACGGGAAAAUCGAUGAAACCGCUGCCCAUAACGCCCUGACAUACGCUGCCGAUCGUGGUAUCACCCUGUGGGAUACCUCUGAUAUGUACGGAGAGAGUGAAGCAAUCUUGGGCAAGUGGUUCGCCAAAACUGGGCGCCGAUCCGAGAUUUUCCUCGCUACCAAAUGGGGUGCUAUGGACUUUUCGCAGACAGACCCAGCCAAGCAGCACCAAGCAAACAGCAAACCUGCUUACAUUCGCGAGCGCGUCAAGGCCUCUUUGGCAGCUCUCCAGACUGAUUAUAUUGACUUAUACUAUCAACAUCGAGUCGACGCCGAAGUACCUAUCGAGAUCGUCUUGGAAACUCUCAGGCCGUACGUGGAGAGUGGCACCAUCCGAUGGCUCGGAUUGAGUGAGUGCAAUGUCGAUACCUUGAAGCGUGCGCGCGCCGUGAAGGGGCUCGGUGAGAAGGUCGUUGCCGUUCAGAUGGAGUUCAGCCCAUUCGAGCUCGAAAUCGAAAAGAAUGGCUUCGCUAAGGCUGCCGAAGAAGCUGGAGUAGCCGUUGUCUGUUACUCUCCUUUGGCUCGCGGGUUGGUCAGCGGAAGAUUCAGGUCUCCGGACGACUUCGAUCAAGAUGACAUUAGAAGAUGGCUUCCUCGUUUCUCCGCGGAGAAUUUCCCCAAGAAUCUCGAGGCUGUUGAUAAGAUCAAGGCCAUCGCCGACAAGCACAAUGCCACACCCAGUCAGGUUACAUUGGCAUGGAUCCUUGCCUCCCACGACAACUUCAUUCCUAUCCCUGGUACACGAAAUGCCGAACGCCUCGCAGAGAACUCCCGUGGGGCCGAAUUGAAGCUUUCUCCAACCGACGUAAAGGAAAUUCGCGACCUCCUCGAGAGCGCCGACGUCGGUGGCGGCCGCUACCCGGACGGAGUGCCGCUCCCCACUGGGGAAUGCAUUCCUCUCUCCGAGUGGAAGGGCGAGUAA